AUGACUGAAGAAAAGGCUUUUGAUGUCAUACCUGAGCUCAUUGAUGAUGCCUUUGUGCUAACAAGAUGUGAAUAUAUGAUCCAGCUUUCAUAUUACACUCCAGAUUUGCAUGUUACUAGAGGUUGGUCUUUAAUUACUAAAGAACAAAGAGAGAGAUUUAAUAAAUAUGCAUCAAAUUUGGGGGGACACGUAAUACAAUGCAUAUAUGAAUUAUCUGAGCUACCCAAAAACCAAAAUUUUGAUACUAUUUUUGGUGAAAAUAAAAUCAUAGUAAACUCAAAGAGCAUGGUUUUCAAGAGUGGAGCAUUACCACCCCCCAAAGGAUUUGAUUCAAAUCCCAUGGGAGUUUAUAGAUUUGGAAUAUUUACUAUAGCUUUAGGACCAAUUUUAAUGGUAGAUAGUAUUGAUGGAAUAAGAUCUUCGGCACCUUUUCCUCCAGGAUAUAUGUGUAGAUCAUGGCAAUGCAAUGACUCUAUCAAUGUUCCAUCAAGCAGAAACUCCUUUACAGCUAACUAUCAAGUAAAAUUCUGCGAUCAAAUACUACCAACUAUGCUUAUAGAAAUUGAAUUUAAACCACUCAGAAUUGAAAUUUCACAACCAAUCUGUGAAAUGUGUGAUAUUAAUAUUUCCACUCUUUACUGUGAAUCAGAUAAGGCUCACCUUUGUGCAUCAUGUGAUGAGUUUCACCAUUCUUCCAGUAGAUUACUUUCAAAACAUCAAAGGGUACCAGUAUCACAAAGCCCAUAUCAAUUUGGUUUUUGUCCACACCACUCAACAGAAAGAAUUGAUUCAGUAUGUAUGAAUUGCUACAUAUCAUUAUGUCCACAUUGCAUACUAAUAGGACAGCAUUCAUCAGGAGAUGCAGCUGAGCAUAUAUUAAUAUCAACAACAGAUGCAAUUAGAAUGGCAUAUUCUGGAGUGUCACAGAGUGAUCUGGAACUACAAAAAAGAAAAAAGCAGCUAGCAGAUUAUUUAUCAGGUAGACACAAUCAUAUUAAUGAUAUUAGGUCCAACUAUGAUGAAAUACAAGAAAGGAUUGAAAUUGCAUCAAAAAGUUUAUUGCAACAAUUAGCAUCACUUAGAGAAAGAAAAAUCUCAUUCAUCAUGUCUAUCAAAAGGCAAUUACUUACUGAACUUCUUCUCAUUGAGUGGAUGGAAGCAUUUUUUGCCCAUUUAAGAUUGGCCCUUUUACCUUCGGAUUUUCUUGUAUAUUCACACAGACAUGAUUUAGUAUGUAGUUAUUUUUUUGGCGGGAAAUCAAAUAUUGUUGUAAGCAAUGAAGUUUUGCCAAGUUGGAUAUUAGAAAAGUUUUUUGUAGAUGGUGGGUUUAAUGUAAUAUCAAGAUCAGGUGAGGCUGAUGAUAUGCUGAGCAUUUUGAAAGAGAAUCAAAAUGGCUUGGAAGAUGGGUUUAAUGACAGUAAUGACGAGAAUUUAGAUUCAUUAAAUGCAUUAAAAAAGAAGUUCGAAUAUAUGGAUGACAUUGAUGAGGGAGAAAGUACUAACUUAGAUGAAUCUAAUAAACUUAAUAAAAAUGCAGUGGCUAAGUGGGACGAGUUUAGUGUUGGAGAAGUUAGUAAUAAGUCUAUCUGUGAUUUGAGCGGGAAAAAUCUCCCCAUAGAACAGAAAUUAUUAACAUCAGAAGAAUAUAAUGCAUGCAAAUUGCCAUCACUUGGUACGGAAAAACACAAUAAAGAUGAAAACAAUAGUCAAAAUUCAUUUGCAAGAUAUCCAGAACUAAGAACAACAAAGUUGAUGCCUCAAAUGAGGGAUUUAGUAGAGAAGUUGAAUCCAAAAUCCAGAAAUUUACAUGAGUAUUAUUACUCCAAGUAUGAUGUUGACGAUUUGGUUGAAAAUGUAGUAUCUCGUGUUCAGGAAAAACUGAAUGGAAUUUCUACAACAGAAAAUGAUGAAGAAGUUAUUUGGUUAAAUAUAAAUAAUACAAAAGAGAAUGAUAUUAAUAAUACAAUUGAUAAUAUAUUAUUAUCUAGGAAUAAUAAGGCAUCAAAGAAUAUCAGUAUUUGGGAUCCAAGUGUAGAUAGGCCAUCUGAAUUAGCAAAAGAAUAUUGGAGGUUUUUGGUUGGUUAUAAUUAUGAGUUAUUAAUAGCUUUGCUUCAUUCAGCUCCAUCAUUAAAGAGAAAGAAUCUGAUUCAGGAUGUAUUUAACUUAUCAAUAUAUAUGCAGUCAUUUGACCACCUAUUUUAUUCUUUGUUUCAUUUUGAAAUUAAUUUCUUGAGUAAUAUUCCAAUUGAUACAAUGCUAUUAUCAUCUUCUGUAAUUAAUGAUUUCUUUCAUAUAAUGUUAAAAGCUAAUAGUUUAACUAAAGUUGAUAGAUUAUUUUUGGUUCAAUAUAUCCAGAUUGUAAUUAUUAAUAUACUAAAUAUACGAGAAGGUCCUUAUGUAAAUCAUAUUGGUAAAACUUUAAAUAUAAAAAAUUCAAAUAAGAAUGAAUUGUUGUUGGAACAACAUGAAUUAGAUAAAGGUUUAAUAGAAUUUGAAGAGAAAAUUUUAGAAACAACUGAGAACUUUAUAAGGCAAAUAACUUCAUUAGAUAUUAAUGCAAUUCCAGACACAUUAAGAGGUAUUUUAUAUGGUAUAAUAGAUAUAAUAGAUUCAAUAAGUAGUGAAGCUCACUUAAAAAAAUCAAAAGAAAACAAUUUAAAUCACUUGCCUUCAAGAUCCCAAAAAGUAAUAGCUUACUGCACAAAUGGGUCAAUUUCCUUUUGUUGUCAAAUUUUAUUAAACCAUUAUAUUAUUCCAAGAAUCUCAAAUGUUAUUGCAUCUCUAAAUUAUACAUUAAAAGAUAAUAAUAACCAAUCAGGAACUGUUACCAAGAAAACUGAUAUAAUAGCUAGAAUUCAGUGUUUCAGAAGGGCUUUAAGUGCUAUAUCUAUAUAUGUAUGGGAACCAUCCACAAAAAAUACUCCAGAGAAAAAUCUCAAUAAUUUGGAGCAAAAAUACAGGGAAUUGGGCUUGCAGGUGUUUUCAUGGCUCCAAAAAAUCUUUAAGAAACCAAGAUUGGUUUCACCAAUAAUAUUUAAUAUUGUCGGUAUGCCAGAAAGAGGAAUAAAUUCGAUUGAUAAUAUAAAAAACUAUAUGAUUUGGUUAGAUAAUGCGUUAAGAAAUGACCAAUUAAAGUCGGAUGGUGGUAUGGGUCAGAAGGAAAUCUUAAAUUGUCAGUACUUUGAGAAACUGCUUUCUUUGGCAAUAAAAGGACUAAAAAAUUAA